AUGCCCCGGCCAGUUGUGAUUCUAACGAACCUGGCCUGGUAUGACCAGGAAGGGGAGCCUGCCUCCCAUAAUCCGUUCAAGAAAUUCCGUUCCCGUCCGCGACGAGGCAGCUCCAUCCACCUCGAAAAUCGACUGGCUCCCGUCCCCAGCGCGUCGCGCGAAUUGCGCCUGUCCGAUGAUGAAGAGGCAGCGCCGCGCGGCAUAUCUGAUGACCUGACGGAUGCCGAGAAUUCCCGCGGACUCCCGCCCCAGUCGUCCGGGACCGAUCAGGUCAACCGCGUGCGCAGCCUCGAGAAGACGGGCGACGAUCCGUCGAUGCACAGCGCCGCGCCCAUCAAUGUGACCAAUCGCGACUCCGGAAGCCACACCAAAGCCCGCAAGCGAACGCUCUUUGGCCGAUCCAGUCCGGCCGAGGAUGACGGGGCCAGUCAGAGAGACCAGCUGGAGGACUACCCGGACAAGCAAAAGUUCACCGCGGUGGGACAGUUCAAGGCCACCGUGCUGAAUUCCUGGAUCAAUGUCUUGAUGCUCGCCGCGCCGGCCGGAAUUGCCUUGAACUAUGUGCAUGCCAAUCCGGUGGCCAUCUUCGUGGUCAACUUUAUCGCUAUUGUUCCCCUCGCGGCCAUGCUAGGUUUUGCGACGGAAGAGAUUGCGCUGCGGACCGGUGAAACCAUCGGAGGUCUGCUGAAUGCCUCGUUCGGAAACGCGGUGGAGCUGAUCGUGGCAAUCAUCGCGCUGGUGGACGACGAGAUCCUGAUCGUGCAGACAUCGCUGAUCGGGAGUAUGCUCUCCAACCUGCUGCUGGUGAUGGGAAUGUGCUUCUUCUUCGGAGGCCUCAACCGGCUGGAACAGCAUUUCAACCCGAUCGUGGCGCAGACGGCAGCCAGUCUGCUGUCGUUGGCGGUGGGCAGCUUGAUCAUCCCGACAGCGUUUCACUCGUGGGCGGGCAACCGCAUGGAUGGCGACAGCACCAACGACAGGCCAGAUCACGGCAUUACGCCGUUGUCGCGAGGGACGAGCGUGAUUCUGCUAGUGGUGUACGGAUGUUAUCUGUUAUUCCAGCUCAAGUCGCACACGGAGAUCUACAACGCGCCGAGCCCCAAGGUGGAGAAGCGCCGCCGACGGGUGGAAGAGGGCGACGCGAGCCGGGGGAUUGCGACGAUCGGCAAGAUGACGGCGACGAUGGGGGGCCAGAACGCGCAGGACCUGGCGCUGAAGGACCCGGGCGAUGAGCCGGAGGAGCCGCAGCUGCAUAUCUGGGUGGCGGUGCUGACGCUGGCGGUUUCGACGGCGCUGAUCGCGCUGUGUGCGGAAUACAUGGUGGAUUCCAUCGACGCCAUCACGGAAGAGGGUAGCGGGAUCUCGAAGACGUUUGUGGGACUGAUCCUGCUGCCGAUUGUGGGCAAUGCGGCCGAGCACGCGACGGCGGUGACGGUGGCCUGCAAGGACAAGAUGGAUUUGGCAAUUGGCGUGGCGGUGGGAUCGAGCAUGCAGAUAGCGAUGCUGGUGCUGCCGUUGAUUGUGGUUAUCGGAUGGAUUAUGGGCAAAGAAGACAUGAAUCUGUAUUUCGACGGGUUCCAGAUUAUCCUGCUGUUUGUGUCUGUUUUACUGGUCAACUAUCUCAUCGGAGACGGCAAGUCACAUUGGCUGGAAGGAGUGCUGCUGAUCAUGAUGUAUGUGAUCAUCGCCCUGGCCGCGUGGUUCUACCCCAACAAGACGGAAGCGAUGCAGGGGGGUGGUUGA